CCAAACCCACGAGCCAUACCACUCUCUCCUUUGCGAAACUCAACAUCAAUUGAAAAUGGACGUCUCUCUCACAUCCCUCAUAAUCACCGUCCUAACCCUCACCCUCGCAUCCACCGUCAUCGCCCUUCCUCUCCCCGAAUUCCUCCCCUGGGCGCUCGCGGAUACCAUAUUGCCGGGCUCGGGGAUCCCCAAAGCCGUGGAAAAGCUGGGAACGGGGGUUCAGUGAGUGCCUGUAACCUGUAGCCCAAGGGCCCAAGGGCGCGAG